AACGGACGUUGGACGUCGUUGGGCAAGACUUGCGUUAUCGCUUGCUAUCAAAACAAAACAGAGGUAUGAAAGAGGACGAGUUGUUGUCCGAACCGCAAGAGUACUCGGAUAAUAUGUCAAGUAUGGAUCUCGCCAUUAAUUUGGAAAGACAGAGAUUCCCAUUUUGUAUAGUUUGGACGCCUCUGCCGAUUCUGACGUACUUUUUACCGAUCAUCGGUCACAUGGGCAUUGCCACAUCCACCGGUGUGAUACGCGAUUUCGCUGGCCCGUAUCACGUAGCCGAGGACAACAUGACGUUUGGAAAACCCACGAAAUACUUGCAACUAAACUACGCAAAGGCCAAAGGAGGCGUUCAGGGAUGGGAUUCCGCUGUUGCGGAAGCCAGUGAAAUUUACAAAACCAGGAUGCACAAGUUAUGCUGCGACAAUUGUCACUCUCACGUAGCCACAGCGUUAAACAUAAUGUCGUACGAUAACUCAAACAGUUGGAACAUGGUAAAGCUAGCGUUGCUUAUUCUCGUUUACGGAAAGUACGUGAGUUUUACAGGUUUUCUUAAAACUUGGAUGCCGUUUUGUCUCUUGGUAUUCGCAGUCACUUCACUUUGCCUUUUAUUACGAUAAUCUCGGGCGCUGCGAAUCUAACGCACAACGCUUGUACAUGCCGUUGUUGCCAAUUACGAUCAUUGUCGAUUCACUAUCAAGCGGUAACGGGUGUGUGUACGUACAUACGCGCGCAUGUAUGCACGUCUCACAGUGAAGCAAUCGAUCGUUCGACUGGGAUGCUUAAUACAUUUAUUGAAAACACGCGUUGACGCAUUAAAUUUAAUGGUCUGAUACAAAUGUACAACCUGGCGACAUACAAUAUAGAAUAUACUUAAAACUAUCGA